AGCUUUUUUUGUGGAACAAUGGCAGAUACAUGCUUGAAUGCAACAGCACCUCCACUGCAGUGGAGAGGUUUGGCUAUUAGCUUUUCUUACGAAACUUUUAUCGCCUUAUUUCAGAUAUCUUUGUCAUUCACAUGUUUCCGGAUCCUACAAUUUGCUGUACGAUGGUAUCUUUUUGGCAAGUGCACGUUCCGAACUUUUUCUUACUUUGGGUGGCGCCCUGCAGUGGCCAACAACUUGGAAAGAGGAGAUGGUGGUGACAUCAGGAGUAGUCAGUCUUUAUUGGUUAGUUUUAUAAUUCCACCAAACAAGAAGUGGAGAAUUUCAAAUGAAGUGGUAUCUCUAAUCCAUUCUGUUAUUUCUGGUAUUUGGGCGCUGUAUGCUUGUCUGGCAUAUCCUAACCUGGUUGAACAAAAAACUAUAAUUUGUUAUUGGGCUCCUUUCCCUCACCACUUAGUUUUGCUUUCGGCUGGAUAUCUUAUUCAUGACUUAGUUGACUUACUGGUCAAUGAACAUUCACUAAGGAUUCUGGAACUUCUUUUCCAUCAUGUUAUUGUGCUAGUUGCUUUUGGAACUACGAUGUUCACUGGACUUUUUCUUGGUGUCGUUGUUUUGGGUCUGCUAAUGGAACUUAACAGCAUAUUUCUGCACUCCCGAUCUUUGAUGAAUUUGUACGGUGUUGAGAAGUCAUCAGUCCAGUUUCGAAUGAUCGCUCUGCUUAAUAUUGCUUCGUUCAUGGUUUUUCGUAUUGCUGUCAGCGCGUUCCUUUUGUACUGGCAGGUUAACACAGCAUGGGCGAUGCACUUGGCUUACGCUCUGAUUACAUUUGUUGUUAUUGUUUCUCUUGCAGUUACAAACACAGUCCUCUGCUACCGCGUUAUGGCUGCAGAUGGCUUGCUGGGGAAAAGUAGAGCUCGUCUUCGUUCCUCAACAAAAUCAGAGCCCGUCGAUAAUUUCGAGUCAAAUCCUCGUGAUGUUCAUUUAGUUGAUACUGAUGAGCCAAAGUUGUUCACUCCUAAAGCCUUUGAAGCUUGCACGUUUGGUCAUGGAGGUUCUAAUGGUACUUCGUCAUGCGCAUUGUGGACUGAGAAGCCAUCAUAUCCUCUUUCAUUUGACGAAGAUGUGGUAUGGACCGCAGGAAAUCCGCAACAUCGAAGGUUAAUCAGGUAUGAAGACUGCAUCACACCAAGACCAGAAUAG